GGACAGUUCCGAAAUGACCGGGCGGCCGGAAGGAGCUAAGCAAGGAGUUAAAGGAGUACGGAGAAAAGUUGUGAUUGGCCGCGCGACUCCUUUGCAUCUUCUCAAAACCAACUUGGCUCUCUUCUCAAGCCAGCUCUGAUGAGAAAGUCAUCCAAUUCGAGCGCUUCCUGUUGGCUGAGUUGGUCCUUUUUAGGCAAGCAACUUGCACAUCGAAAGUGCUCCCAAAGCGCUUCCUGAAAAAUGGUGAAUGCAGCAAGCGGAUCAAUCGUUUUCUUUUCUUCUUUGGUGCUCAUCAUGUAAUCAGCUGUAACAACCAGUCUCAGACUAUGAUCGAGCAGAGAGACGAGGUUUGAGAAUGUCGCAAAAAGGACAAGUUCGAAGCUCCGGUUUGCUGGGGUUUUACUUUACAUCAUAGCGCCAUCGCUUACAGCAAUUGGGGUGAAGUUCCGGGGUGCAGUCUUAGCUGGUGGUCCUUUGGGUGGCCAUCACUGCUUAGCGGCAUGCACCUCAAAUGUCAGGAUCUACUAGUCCUGAUGCAUGGCAGACUUUCUGUCAAUUGACUUGGGGACGCACAUCGCGAUCAGUCACCAUGGCAAUUGCACAGUUGGUACCAAGAGGGUCCUUGGCUUGCCGCCAAGACUUGCUGGCGUCACAUUACAUUGCAAGCAGAGAAAUACACUGGAGAUCAUCCAACUUCACCAGAAGAUCUCAGCCACUGUCGGAAACAGGGCAAUGCGCGCCUUUGAUUGCAAGAAGAACGCAGCUUGCAACGUUCUCAGCAAAGGGGGCAUCAUGGAAGAUUGGCACAUCAAAAGCCACAGCUCAAACCGAAACCCAAGUCGUCUGCCCAGGUCCAGAUACUGAUGAAUUGGGGACAUAUACACGGGUCUUGGCAAAACGCCAGCUUUACCGGCAGAGAGGACGUCGCUCAAAAUGCCCAGCCAAGCGUCGACCAGCGCCCACCUGGGCUGCGGAAGGUGGCACCGCGCAAGUGACCUCAGCGGGACCCGGUGCUGAUGUCAUCCGAGGUCCAUGCACGCACAUUGCAAAAGGAACUUUCCUUUCUGAGAACCAACGGAAGGAGGUCGCUGAAGUGUUUGCACAUCAUGGGGGCAAGUUGAUUCGUUCGGGACAGCUUCUCCAAGCGCUAGCGGCGAUCGGAGAACGCUGGUCGAAGCAAGAGGCCGAAAAAGCGCUGCACGAAGCAGGGGGAUCCCUCGACAGCGUCGAUGCCCUGGACCGUCUGCUACAUGACGUCAGCGCCGCGGCGACAGCUGUCCAAAUGUGCCUUCCCGGAAACGAGGAGAGUACCAGGGUACUCCGCCCGCUUAUGUCCCGGCGGGUUUAUAAGCGGGGGGAAACGCUGGUCAACCAGGGCGAGAUCGGAACGGAGUUCUUCGCCCUCGCGGCGGGCUCCGUGUCCGUAAUCAAGGACGGCCAACGGAUCGGGGGGAUGCGCGCCCCGGACUACUUUGGCGAGCUCGCGCUUCACACGCAGGCGCCCCGGGCCGUCACCAUACAAGCCGCCGAUGACGUCACAGUGUACGUCUUGCGGGAAGCCGACUACGCGAAGCACAUCAAGGAGCAGAACGCGGACAAGCGCGCGAAGUACGGCGCGUUUCUGGCGUCCGUGCCCCUUUUGAAGGACAUGGAACCGUACGACCGACUGAAGCUGUGCGACGCGUUGAAGGAGCAGCAGUUCCAAGACAACGAGCUCAUCAUUCAGGAAGGAGAGGACGGCGCGCGCAUGUACAUAGUUACCGAGGGGGAGGUCGUCAUCGUGAAGUCAUUUGACAGCAAGCAGCCGGUGCAAGUGGCGGUCAUCAAACCAGGCGGCUUCUUUGGGGAGCGUUCCAUCGUGAAAAGCGAGCGGCGCGCCGCGAGCGCGCUCUGCCACGGCCCCGUCCAGUGCGUGUCACUGGACCGGCUCUCGUUCCUGCGGAUGCUGCAAAGUCAGGCGACGUCCGGUAUCAUCCAGAAUUCCGUCAAGGGAUACCGGACUGCGGCGGACGCUAACCAGGUGUAUACUCUGGGCGCUUUGGUCUCGCUCCAGCUCCUGGACGCGGCCGCGUAUGAGGACGAGGCAUACGCUAUGGAGGUCGUCGAGGGGCACGUGCCGACCGAUCUGGACGGCGUCCUGUACAGAAACGGCCCCGCCUCCUUGAAAGGAGUGGGCGGUUGGCCCCUGAACAACCCGGUAGACGGGGACGGCUGUAUCGCCGCGUUUUCCUUCUCCCGAGGUAAAGUGUACCUGCGGAAACGGGUCGUGCGCACGUCCGCAUUCGAGCGGGAGAAGGCGACCGGGAAGUCGAGCUCCAGGGGGGCAUUUGGCACUGUGAAAGACGGGGGGUAUUUGGCAAAUCUGCUGGACCUGCGUGUGAAGAACGCCGCCAACACCAACGUAGUGUUCUGGGGCGGUCGGCUGCUCGCGCUCUGGGAGGCGGGGUUACCACACGAGUUAGACCCCGAAACCCUCGAAACCCGGGGAGUAACCGACCUUAACGGCGCGCUAACCAGUGUGAUGUACCCCGUGUUGAGAUGGGUGGACCCGCCGUUCCAGCCCGCGUUUGCGGCGCACCCACGGAUCGAUCCGGUGAAGAAAAGGUUCGUCAGCUUUGGCGCAACCACCUUCCCUCACGCUUUGCACGACCGAAUGCGCGUGACGUGCUAUGAGUGGGACGCCGACUGGCGGCUGGUGUUCACGCGCUCCGUGUGGGCCCCAUUCACACUGCUGCACGACUUCUGCAUCACGCCCAACUACUACGUUUUCCUGUACACCCCCGGGAAGAUGGACCUGCCGAAAUUCAUACUCGACCCGAAAGCUGGCAUUGCGGGCGCGGUCAAAUUUAGCAACACGGCGGGGGGGGAGAUCAUGCUGGUCUCGCGGCAUCACCCGACGGCGCCCCCCCAAACGUUCAAAACGGCGCCGCUUUCCGCGCUGCACCACGCGAACGCGUUCGAGGACGGGCUGGGGAACGUGGUGCUGGACACGCUCAAAUACAUGAGGAUCCCGAUGCAGUACUUGCGGACUACGUCGGCCGACUCCGCCGCUUAUCCCCCUCUUGAGUUUCUGCCGGCGUCGAAUGUGGUCCGGUUGCGGCUAGACCUAAAUACCAAGCAGACGACGAUCGAAACGCUCGACAAGCGGAACGGCGAGUUUGCCGCGAUCCACCCGGAGCGGGUUGGCUACAGUGCUCGGUUCAUUUACACCGCGUCAUGUCAGGUUCCGGAAGGGGGCGCGCUUUUCGACGCGCUCAGAAAGGUCGACACCAGCGGGAAGACCCCCCCGCAAAUCUGGGGGGAGUCGCCGACCGUGUAUGUGGGGGAGCCCGUCUUCGUGCCACGUGGCGGGCAAAGAGUGGGCGCGCCGUUUGAAGAAGAUGCGGGCUGGGUGCUCAUUCUACUAUACGAUACUAGAUCGUUGACGACGGACCUUGCUGUGUUUGACGCCAAGGACAUAACGAAAGGACCCGUCGCCCGGUUGAGGUGCCGCCACAACAUGGCGUACGGUCUGCACGGCACGUGGGCCGCCCGGGAAGACUUGAACCGGGGUAGAGGUGCCUUUUCCGGGUGACUGGAGUCUCGCCCGGCGGAAUGACCCAACCACUCCAUCUGUAAUGCUACGACCCGCAAUGAUCAGCUACAAUACGUACCAGAUUGAGCUGGGUUCAGAGCCGACCACAAUAGAAUCCGGAAACUAUCAGGAUGAAUUUGUUUGAUCGACUUCUUCUGCUUGAUUAGAUGCGCUGAGCUUCGAAGGGUGUGCUUUGCUUUUCCAAUUGUGCUACAGUAGAUUCGGCGGCUGCCGAAGCCUACGGCUAGGCUAACCUUAGGUUUGCAGCUUGGAGGCAAAUAAUUAGGAGCUGAUAAAGUGUCUUCCUUAUAGCGCUUGAUGAACCUAGAGCACUUGAUUGACUGUGGCACCUCAUUGUGACUGCAAGGGGACACGUCGCGUAACUUAGAGUUGUGUUCCACGUAAAGAGAGCUUACUGCUUGAAUUUGCUCGCUAGUGGCGGCUUGAAUUCAGCAGCUUAGCGCAUUUGCUCUUACGUUGAUAAGACAUAGAAGGUUUGGAUAAGUUGCUGAUCGGGCAGAAAAAUUCUCAGUCAUGUAUAAUAAAAACGGUUGACGGACACCGGACGUUCCACUUUGGUAUGGCCGCCGAACACUUGUGAUGCUGUUAGUUAUGGUUUGCCUGCUUCUUACUUUCGUG